UGUUUACUGAAGGCGGCGCACGUGACCUUGUCAUUUUACGAAUGCCACACGAUGGAGAUGUGUACAGAUAUGGUGUAUUAACUUGGACUCUUGUUGAUAAUGUGUAGCUGACACUAUACUUUCCUUAAUCAGAUUUGAUGGAACGUAUUCGGCAAAUUGUCAAUCAACAAAAGUCACGCUGUUUGGACGUGGAGUCUUCUCCAAGUAAUGGAUUAAAUGCAAACGGACUUAUUAUUAAUGGUGAUCAUAAUACUGUUGAGUCGUCGAAUACAUCUGUAAUACGGAAAGUUAUUGAAGGUACUGCACCGUCUGCCUAUCCGGGCUUUUGCCUUGUCACUGGAGAUCAAGAAAAUAUAUUGUCAAAUAAUAAAUCUGACACGAAAGCCCAGCUUUUAAGACACCUACAUGAUACAUGUCCAAAGAAUCCAUGCGUUAGACAUAUCUCUGCGAAAAUCGAUUGUUCAAGACAAGACAAUUCGCAAAGAGAUCUAGUUCCGAAUAAUGCGCAUUCUCGGCGUCAAGGUCAAGAACUUAUACACAAAUAUCUGGAUGUUGUUUCAUCUGAGAGCGUUGACAAGCAAGCGGAUGUGAAGAAACAAUGCGUACAGCCGGUUGACACCAAGCACAUCGGAUUUGAAUGUUUCACUUCUAUGAAUAACCAAUUGGCGGCGUCAAAUCCUGAUCAAAGCGAACCAAUUAAUAAUCAUAAUAAUGAUAAGAACUUGAAUGCUAAUAAAAAUGAACGCUUAGUGAGUAGUACUGCUGCACCCCUUAUGGCAUCGAAAUCUAGGAAGGGUAUUUUUCGUCCACAAGUCACAAAGAAUGCAAUAACUAAAUGUACAGAUUCUCAGACAGUUGCUCAAGACUACUGCAGUCAUCAUGCUGUUGGUUGUUCCACGCCUAGAGCUCACCUCAAAGCGCUAGUUCAACAGCAACGGGAAGCCAGGCGACUAGAACGUCAACGACAAAUAGAGGCGCAAAAAGAGGAACAAGCACGAAUUCAACGAAACUUACAAGCAACUGCACAAGCAGCAGCAGCGGCAGCCAAAUUACCUGUCACGUCAGGUAGAAAAGUAGCUGAACCGACAAAAGCUGGCACAGAAUCCACGACGUUGCAACAGAUGAUGGUGUCUGUACCACCAUUAAACUCCUAUUCAUCAGAAAGAGAACAAAAACUUGAGCAGCUUUUAAGACGUGAAUUAUUCCCACGUGAGCAUCAAAAAGAUGAAUCGGGUCUUCCUACUCACUUGGAUCGAGAUCCAAUACUACGCCUUAAUAAUGGUCAGGAUUUUAUAGCAGCUAGAAAAUCAGUUGGUAACUCAAUGCCGCGCACUUCACUGGCAAAUGCUUUACCUUCGCAUCAAUACUGCAAGAAACGAAACUCUCUGGUUAUUUUACACAAACCAGAUAGUGCUCCUAGAUCACCGAAAUAUGGCAAACUGAACUCGGACAGUGGACCAAAGACCAACGGAUGUAAAACAGACUUUGAUUCUUCCUGUUUAGUUGCUGUGGAACGGCAACACCACCACCACAAUCAUCAUCAUCACCACCAAUACCAGCAGCAACAGCAACAACAACAUCAACAACAAGAUGAUAGAAGGUGGCAUGAAAUGAAUUCUCAUUUCGGAACAGUUACAUUGUCAUCUGCUGUAGAUAACUUGUUAGCGUCUGGUGAUCAUAGUUCACGUCUAUGUGGCACUGAAGUGCCUAAAACAGCUGUAUCCUGUCAACAAGACAUUGAAGUUCAAGUGUCUGCUGCACCUGUUUCAUACUCACAGGUGGAGGACAAUGGAUUAUCAAGCCUGACAGGAAUACGUGAUCGUGUUACUCAACAUCACUCUGGAACACGAAAAAGGUUAUCCGCCCAUAAAGAACCCAAUGUUUCCUGCUCGAAUCGAUCACGAACAGCGAUCUGUGAUCAUGCGACGGAAGCUGCUCGUUUAGACAUCAAGCUGAGUACACAACGCGUGAAACACAUGAUUGUCGACUCAGAUAAUGAUGAUGACGAAUACUCGGGAGAUGACGACUUUUGUGACAUGAAUGCUGAUAAUAAUGGAAAUAGUUCAUUAUCAUCAUCAUCAUUAUCAUCCUAUUAUGAAGUAAUUAAAAAACCAUCAUUCAACUGUUGGAGACGAUUAGAAGCUGUUGGUGCUAGUGAAUCUGAAUUAGAUGAAGACAAUGUAUGUAUUGUUGAAGAUAUCAAGGAUGAUUUGAUUGCGCAGCCUCGGACAUCAUUGGAGCCUCCUCGUACAAGUUUUCGAUAUGCUGCUACCGCUGCUGAUCAUCUUCAUACAGCUGGCGUCAAUUCCUUUGUGAAAAAUGAAUGUGCUAGAAAAGAAUUCUGGAAUCAUAUAUACGCGGAUCCUUUACGCUUCGUGUCUGUACACAAACGUCAACAGAAAUUGUUACACAUAGAGAACAAAAGUCACCUACAGUCAUCAUCCUCUGGAUUUCAAACAAAGCACUCGAAGAGGAGGACGACAGGAAUUAGUUAUGCGAAAAGCGGUGCCAAGAUAAAUUCAGCUCCUGUUCAUGAUGUGAGCAAUGGAAAUCACAAUGUUGCAUCAAAUACUUCCACGACUAUCAAUAGUCAAGUGGUAACUGUGGAGUGUACUGAAUCAUCAAAAGAACACGGUAUAAAAUCUCAUAAAAUCUAUUCUAUUAAAACUAAGGCGCACGAAUUUAUCACAGAAGAAAAAGAUUCAAGUAGUCAAUCUGAUCCGCAUCGACAAAGUUCAGAGAGUUCUUUACCAAAGAAUUAUCUUUGUAAUGGAGUUGUCAACUCAUCAUCCCAGCCGAGACUACCUCCUGCUGCUUUGAAUCUCCAGUUAACUGCUGAAAUGAACUACCUUGAAACACUGGCUAGUUCAAUGCAACAUAUCGCUGAUAUGGAAUCACUACGUCAUAUUACUGCUGCUCAAGCUGAAUGUGUCAGUUUAGCUCAGUUGUUAAAGGCUCGUGAGCUUCAAUUAUCAUCAAAAGCAGCUAAUGAUCAGGUAUCAGAGAAGGAGACACAAGUAUCUGGGACAUUAUUAAACAAUCCUGGAGCAAACAAUCUCAUCUCUUCUGCACAUUCACCUCAGUUCCAGGGUGUACUUAAAGCUGCUGAAGAAUUUGAUAAGAUUGAACGUCGUCUCAGUGUGAAAACUUCACAUUUGAAUUCUUUAUCCAGUAGUCGAUCGACUGCUACUGAAUCACCGUCUAUACGAACAAAUAUUUCAGAUCAGACAAGUGUACACAAAUCGUCAACUGCGAAUAAUGCAACACUGUCGGAUGCUUCAUCUUAUGAUGACGAUGAUGAUGAAGGUGGUGAUAUGACAAAAUCUGAUACAACAACUAAACAAGAAUCAUCAUCUAUGGAAAGUAGUCAGAAAAGGAAUUCAAAUACUGAUGAUGCGAAAUCAACGCUAGCUAGUGUUAUAACUGCUUCAGAUUCUUCUUGUGAUUCAUAUCAUCCUUCCACUGGUACUGGUGUAGUUUCUGUAAAUGGGAGGUCAACCACUACGCCACCGUCUUCCAAAGGCAUAGCAUCUAGUAAUGUUGUUAAAAAGCACGAGUCUGGUCAUCAAGAAAUUGCACAAAUGGUGGAUUCCAGAAGAGAAUGUAAUAAAAUUGAUGAUGCUAGUCGGUCUAAAAAGCUAAAUAAUAAUAAUAAUGAUAAUGACGAAGGACACAGUACACGGAGGAAAUCGAAACGAUCUAUGCAGCACAAUGAAAGAUCACGUGGUGGAAAGCCAAUCAGUAUUCCUACUUUAAAUCUAUACUCAGCUUCAUUGGAUGAUUCUUGCCAGCGGGAGAGAAGUGAAGAAUUCAACCAAGUGAAGUAUGUUUUGAAUAAACGUGUAGCCGCUUUACAAUCUCGACGAAAGAAAGCUGAGGAAUUGCUGGCUCUAUCGAAAAAUUUAGAGCUUGAAGAAGCAGAAGUUGUUCGACUAGAACGUGAAGCAUUAAGUGCCAUUCAAAGUAAACGAUCAACUCUACGCACCAGUCGAUUUACAGAAUUCUCCCACUCAUCAUCGAACAACAGUAGCAAGAAGUCGGGUAAAUGUUCAAAAUCAGCUCAAUGGUCAAAGACAACCGGUGAUUCUAAGUAUAAUAAUAAUUAUAAUAGGAGAGGAAGUACAACACAUUCUACUGUCAAACAAAGCUCAAACUAUACACCUUAUACUGAUGACGUGAAACUAUCAUCAAGUCAAGGUUUAAAGGAUGAGCAAAUAUAUGAAGCAUUUCCUACUGCAUCAUUGGGGAAAAGUGCGUCUGUAUCAGUAGGUGGCAGUCAAAUAAAUGUGAAUACUGCUUCUGACAGUUCAAGUGCACGAACAAUCUCUAGUGCAACAGAUAUUAAAUACUGCAAAUCAGAUUCAGAUUCCUCUCGAUCUGCUGCUGCUGCUUCACAUUCUACAAGGUUUAAUUCUCAUCGUUCAAUUGACAUGCUGCAUCAAUCAAAAUCGGCUCAACAAAAUGAAGUGCCAUUAGCCAAUCUAAGCAUUGAUAAUGAUGAUAUUGGUCGAGGAUCGAAAAGCACAGGGAAUAGUAUCUCCAAAGUUGAUAAUGCAGUUGAGACUACACCAACAUUACGACGUCUGCUGCCUUGUGAAAUUGGUUCUCCGUUAGACCGGACAAUGACACCCAGUUCCCGGCAUUUACGUCAACGUUCUAAUUCUCAUGAUUCUGGUCGUCGAAAGCGUGUUACUGUCCCGAAUUCAACUGAUUCCCUGGAUGAUGAAGGUCGUAUGUAUGUUAGUGGUGUUGGUGGUGGUGGUGCAGAUGAUGAACCCUUCUCUACGAUGUCUGCAAAUUCACACUCAGAUUUGAGUGAAUUGGAAUCACGAAUUCAAGCGUUGAAUUCUAAUUUAAAGAAACAAGAAGGUAUUCUUUCGCGUAUCAAUCUAGAAUAUAAACGUGUGCAUAAGGAUCGGCUAGCCAGACUGGAAUCCACACUGUUAAAACACAAACAAUUAUGCACAGAGAUAAUUGCAAAUAUCAAAGCUGAUUUAGACGUGUGUAAAGCAUCAAUUUGCAAUGAAUCUGGUGAUUAUUCACAUUCAAAAUCAAUCAAUAAUUUAGCUAUUACAACAAAUACUACUACUGUUGAUAAUCUUUCUGGCAUUUCACCAUCAAAAUCCCUAAAUAACAAUCUAACACUAGGUGAUAAUUCCAAUGAAAAUAAUAUCUCUUGUUCAUUACAAAUACUUGAUAAAAUUCCUACAUCUAGUCAUACUAUCCCAGAUGAUGUUGAUGAACGUUUCACGCCUACAGCUACGCCCACGCCUACAAAAGAUGAAGAAACUGAACCGGAUACAUUGAUUUCAGUAGCUGAAGAAUUGGUUUCACCACAGGAUACUGAUGAUGAAUUGAAUCAACUUGAUUUAGACGAUGAUGAUGAUGAUGUUGGUGAUGGCGACGACUCUUCUCGUAAGACACCUGUUGCCGGUCAGGCGUCUACCUCCAGUUCACCGGAUGAAAAUAAGACAAUCUCACCUCUGCCAAAUGCAAAUGUUUCCAUAUCUAAUGAGGAGAACAAACAACAACAGCAACAAGAAAUCGUCAACUGUGAAGUAUUAAAGCCACCAAGUUCUGUUUCACUGUCGAUUUCUCCUCAUCCUCCUCUUCCGCCGUCGCCGCUGCCUACUACUACUGAUACAUUUUGUACAGAUGUUCAACAGGCCACCUCUCAAGUUAGUGAUUCUAAAUCUAUUUCACACAAUACCGAUAAUGAUGAUCAUAACGAAGAAGUUAAAAGUAAUAAUGUGUCAUUCAUCAAGUAUCCAACUGAAUCUCUUCUAAUAUUUGAUGAUGUCAAAGUCGAUGAUGUUGAUGUUGAUGGUGCAUUUCAAGCUAAACAUGCAGCAGCUACUAUUGAACAAACAACUACUAGUCAGGAUGAAUUUGCAAAUUUACUGCAAAAACACAACUUGUCUCCCUCUAGUCGAAUAUGUUCAGAAAUUGUUGACAAUAAUAAAAGUCAAUCUACCCUUGACGUGGUUGCUCACAAUGCAUCUGAAUGUAUUGAAAUGUCGACCACAACCGUCCCACUCUCUCCAUCAUCAGUCAAUGGAAUUAUUCAUGAAGAUGGUGGCAAAAUUCCAGCUGUGCUAACAACAACAACUGACAAUAAUCAUGAUGACGAUUACAAUAGAAUGGUAGUGUCAUUAUCAUCAGUAUCAGUUACACCGCCAGCGUAUACGCCCGAGGUGAAAACUACUACUAGCCUGCUUCAAAUUGCCGCUGAACAUCGACGGCGAGAAGAAGUAGUUGAUCGUAUUACCAGUGAGCUAUUGAUGCAAUUGGUCUCUGAAGCGAUACGUUCUACUCUGAAUGUUAGAAUGUCGAAUGCUGAGACGAAAACUUCAGAUGAUUCAGAAAGUGAUAAAGAAAACAACAUUGUGGAAGACGAAUUCCCUCAACAGAAAUCUCCAGUAUUCAAUGAUGAUGAUGACGAUGAAGAGUCUUCAGAUGACGAAGAAUCUGUCCGCCUACUAGACCUUGGUGUAAAGUUAUCUGAUGAAGAUUUUGAUGAGAAAAUCUCUGAGGCAGCGAAAUCUAAAAUCCACGUCACACCAGAACCUUCAUAUAGCGAAGAAAGUGUCCAGGGAUUGUUUGCUGAUAUCCCGGAAAGAUCACAAGCAUUAAUUCAACUUGCUGUUAGACAUUUUUGGGAUUAUCGAUCCAAUGCGGAGAUGGGUUACAAAGAGGCUAGCCUGACAGAGGCUUUAAGUAAUCCUCCUACAGAGUUUGGAUUUGAUUACUGUGAUAAAAUAGAUCUUGAAAUAUUUAAAACUAAAUCUAACAUUCGAUUUAUUAGUUCUACUCUACUAUUCGAUUUAAUCGGUGAACUCUUGCAAAAAAUCUAUGCUGGUGAAGAUAGCGAAGUAAGGCUAUUACAAGUGAAUGAACACGCACACAAUGUUAAUCAUUUUCAGGCAAAGUCAUCUACACAUCGUGUUUCAAGUGCACAAUUUCGACUUUGGCGUGGACCUUGUCGGCCAACAAAUUACAAUCAUCUUUUAAACAUUGUUACUUCGGAGAUUUGUCGAGAGUUGAACUUGAAAACCGAUGCUGUUAUGUUCAAUAUACAUCAACAACAACAACAACAGGAAGGAGAAGAAAUGAAUAAAUCAAAGCGUAUUGGUGGUGGACGACAACUAAACGAAAUCACUUCAUCAUUAGCAUCAUCGUCAUCUCGUUUCUCUCGUCUAGUCCAAUGGACAUUAGGCAAAAAAUCUUGGCUUGAUCGUAUCCUAGACCUGGAAUUACGUUUAGACGAACCUACUUGGCUUUCAUAUGUACCAGAAGAACGUGAAAUUAAAGUAAAGCUAGCUGAUGAAUUAUGGGAAGAUGUACUCAAUGAUGCUGUGUGCUCAGUGAUUGCUUUAAAUUCAUGUAAAUCAUAG